AUCAAGUCUCAAGUUCUGCAGCUACGACAAAGUGAGGAUGAAUUCUGGUUGACGACGGCCGACGGUGUGGCGGUGACAAAGGCCGUAGAGUGGAGAUGAAGGCUGCCGGCGGCAUGGCAAAGAUGGAGUGUCAGCAACAAAGGAAAGAUGAAACAUUUGUGAGUUUUGCUUUAGUUUGUUUUUAAAAAAUGUGAAAGAUUGCCACGUGGCAUAAUUUCCAUGUCUUGAUUUAUCUGACGGUAAAAUAACAUUUGAGGGGUAAAGUUAGAGAAUCGGUUUCCAAUUGGUACAGGUGGCGAGAGGACAUUGGGAUUUUCAGUCUGCAGCUUCUACUCUCUGAGACACAAGAAGCCAAUUUCACACAAAUCCACACAAUCCAACAUUCCCAAUUUCAAAAACCCUAAUUACUUCACAAUUCACUUUCUAUCUAUGGCUUCUUCAAAAUUGAUGGCUUCUUCCAAUUCAAUAAAUUCUGAUCCACCUUCUUCUCCUUCUUCCAAAUCCCAAUUCACCACCACCAAUUUCCUCGACAAUUCCACCCUCCUCGACUCUCAAAUCUCCCUCGCCGACGCCGUCUCCACUCCCAGAACCGUGGACGAUGUCUGGCGAGAGAUCGUCGCCGGCGAUCGCAGAGACUGCAAAGAGGAGAUCCCCGACGAGAUGAUGACACUCGAGGAUUUCCUCGUUAAAGCCGGCGCCGUCGAUGAUGAAGACGACGGUGAUGAUGUCAAGAUGACGAUACCGCUCACGGAGACGCUAAGCGGAAGCGGUAUGUUUGCGGUUGAUCCUACGUUUCAGGGAAUUGAGAGUGUUGAAGGUUCGGUGAUAGGGUUUGGGAAUGGAGUGGAGGUAGUUGAAGGAGCGAGGGGUAAGAGAGGAAGACCCGUUUUAGAGCAGUUGGAUAAGGCUGCUCAACAGAGACAGAGGAGAAUGAUCAAAAACAGAGAAUCUGCUGCUAGGUCUAGGGAACGCAAACAGGCUUACCAAGUGGAAUUGGAGUCCUUGGCGGUGAAACUAGAGGAGGAAAAUGACAAGUUGUUGAAGGAAAAGGCUGAGAGGACGAAGGAGAGGUUCAAGCAGCUUAUGGAAAAAGUGAUUCCUGUCGUGGAGCAGCGAAAGCCGCCACGGUUACUCCGUAGGAUUCGCUCCUGGCAGUGGUAGAUCAUAUUUGCUAGUAAUGCAGUUGAGAACUGAAGAUCCACCAUUGAUGAGGUGUUGGAAAUAAUAAAAAAUAGGCAAAUUAAUCAUUAUCUUUUCAAACAAAAUGGUUAGUCUCAAGGGUAACUGCAGUUAAUGAUAAGAAGAGAUAGAAGGAAAUAGAAUCUGAAUGGUGAUGGGAAAUAGCUAUUGCAUAAGGAACAGCUUUUGCUAAUUAUAAGGAGAAAAGCAGAAGUAUGGAGUUGGACCAUGUAGUUUAGAUUACAAAGUAGUCGUCCUGGUCUCACCCCUGUGCAGAAUGCAAAGGUAGCUAUAGAACAGAGCAAAGGGGAUUUGUGGACGAGUAUAUAAUGUAGUCACGGCUUAGAGAGAUUAUUUAGAAAAAAAAGUAUAAUAGCAAUUGUUUAUGUGAUCUGUCGGUGCCAUUCAUUCUUGAAACUUCUGUGCGUGUGAAAGAUAAUGAUCACUGAUAUGUGGAGAACCAUUAGUAAUUCAGUAUUACUUAAUAGUCCUCGAUUUUUAAGAUCUCAAAA